UAAAAACAAAAUAACGAACGAUAUGGAAAUUAUUUUUCGUCUAAUUUGAAAUUUAAUCUGUUAUCAUCUAAUCUGUUAAAGUCUUAGAAAUUUCUGGUUCUAAUAAAAAGUUUGAGUUUGCAUUUUGUAGUCAUAACCGUUCAAAGUGUAAAAAAAUGUAAACAAAACUAACAUGAAAAUUAACUUACUCUUCCCUAAUCUCAAGAUUUUAAGUUAUAUUAAAAUUAACUAUAAUCGUUAAAAAUUAAAUUCUACUAAUUUUACUAUUGCAUGAAUAAUUUCUUUUAAAAAUGCGAUUGACAAGUAUCCGAUGUCAGAUAAAUUAUCAUCGGCACGUUAAAAGAAUAUGGAAACGACAAGGACGUUUGCAAGCUGAAGAGCUUAUUAUUCCUCCUGCUUUAAUUGAGAUGGGAGUUCCAGUUUUAGAUGCAAAAGAAGUAUUGCAGGAAACUAAAUUGUUUAAACAACAUAAGAUUGAAGUACCACCAAUACCAAUUCCUCCCAGUGUUUUUGAAAAAAUUAAAUGUUCUUUUGUUAUGCAUUUUAAAACCAAAGUGUCUGAAAGUGAAAAUCAGACUUUGUCACUGACAAAAACUUUGUCAUAUCAGGGAUUACCUCCUCAAAUUUCGUCACUAGUUGGCCAUGUUAGCUUACCCAAUCAAGAUGAUCUUGUUCAGACAAGCAUUUUGCAAGCACAUGUUUGGGACGCUGAUCAGAAAAAGCUUCCCAAGAAAGUAGAUAUUUUGCGACCUGGACACAUUUUCCGUAGAGAUUAUGGUAUUCGAAAUAAAAAAAAGAUAGCUGCUACGCUAGAGAAAUUAACGAACUUAUGUGACUGUGCUACUGGAAAAUAUCCAACGUGUUUUGAUAGAGCCAAGCACAUUGAUAAUUCAGCUGAUGUAACUGUUUCAAGAAGUAAUGAAUUUAUUAGAUUUAAAUUACCUUGUGAUAUGCUAUUAACAUCAAGGGAACCUUUAAAAAGAUUUGCAUCAAUUGAUGAAGUUAUGAGUACUCAAAAACAAGCUGUCCCUAAUAUCUAUCCAAUUAAGCACACGUUAGAUCUUGAGAAAAUAGAAGAUACUCCUACUGUUUUAACAUCUAAUACAUCACACUCUGGUCAUCUCCAUACACUUUUUAUCGCUCAGAAAUCAUUUGGAUUUUGGUUUCCAAAACAGUUACUAGCCAGAGCUAUUGCCACAUGCUUUUCUUUUUCUGCUUUAAAAGCAAGGGAAUUAUAUGGGGAAAAUGUAUCUGUUCUACCAGAACCAGUUUGUGUGCAGUGUGCUUACAUGGACUUGAAGACCUUCAAUUUCAUUGCUUAUCAGCUGAACACUUUAGAUCUUGACCAUAAUGAUGGUGUGAAAAAUCAGGUCUGGGUCGAUGAACCUUUAAACCUUUUCCAUGCAAUUACUGAGAAAAAUGGUAUUGAAAAAUACAAUCCUGUUGUUUUUAGUAAAUUGCUGGCUUUGUAUUUAAAUGGUUUAGUACCAUAAGAGCUGUUAAUGCUUAUUUAAUGUAUUGAAAUAAAAUGUUUUAGAUAAAAAAUAUGGUAAUUAUUUUAAA